CACCACUUCCCCCGAGUCCACCCCCCCUCUCUCUCUCUACUCUCUAUUCUCUAUCGCGCCUCCCUCUCAACUAUCGAUCUAGGGUUUUUCGAUAGGGUGAGAAAUCACUCCGUCGAUUCUCGCCCUUCUCUCUUAAUUCAACUCUCCGAUAUCAAUCUCUCGAUUCGAUCUUGAUUCUUAAUUCUCAAGAGCAAUGAAGGUUUCAAACGAUUCUUCGUGUUUCGGAGACUCACAGAAUUGGCCUCCGGGGUUUCGAUUCCACCCGAUGGACGAGGAGCUCGUGCUUUACUAUCUGAAGAGGAAGAUCUGUCGGAAAAGGCUCAAACUCGACAUCAUCGGCGAGACCGAUGUCUACAAGUGGGACCCAGAAGAGUUACCUGGGAUAUCAAAAUUGAAAACUGGGGACAGACAGUGGUACUUCUUUAGCCCCAGAGACAGGAAGUAUCCAAAUGGAGCAAGGUCAAAUAGGGCAACCAGGCAUGGGUAUUGGAAAGCAACGGGGAAAGACCGCAAUAUAACAUGUAAUUCUCGUGUAGUUGGGCUGAAGAAAACUCUGGUUUUCUACAAAGGCCGUGCACCUAGUGGUGUACGCACGGAUUGGGUGAUGCAUGAGUAUACUCUGGAUGAGGAGGAGCUCAAGAGAUGCCAAUCUGCACGGGAUUAUUAUGCUCUCUACAAGGUCUACAAAAAGAGUGGACCUGGUCCUAAAAACGGUGAGCAAUAUGGGGCUCCUUUUAGAGAAGAAGACUGGGCUGAAGAUGAUGACAUAGAUGUUAAUGGCCAUGCUGACCAGGAGAAUUCUGUGGUGCAGCAGGAAAAUUCUGUGAAGCAGGUUAAUGACCUUGCUUCUGUUGACAACACCGCAACUAAUGGUCAAGUGCAGCCCCCACCUAAUGACCUUGAUGAGUUCAUGAACCGAAUUGCAGAUGAGCCUCUGCCUGGCCAACCUCUUGCUGCAUUUUGUGGUUAUGUACUGCAAGAAGUUUUUGGUGAGGAAGAAACCCAAAGUACCUUGGUGAAUCAAUCCUUUGGGGAAGCCAAUUUGAAUGAAAGGAGCAUGUCACUCCACACAUGCGGGGAGAAAAAUGAUGUGCAGCCUGGCUUUGACCUGACUCAGACGGCCACCUCGCACUUGCUACUUCACGAGACAUCUGAGGUUACAUCUGCUCCAAACAUUCAUAGACAUGAACCGCAUGACACUGAGGAGGAUUUCCAGGAUGAUUUUCUUGAAAUGGAUGAUCUCACUGGGCCAGAACCUACAAUUCAACCUGUUGCCGUGCAGUUUGACGAGCUUGAUGGGUUGUGUGAGCUGGAUUUGUACCAGGAUGCAGUCAUGUUUAUUCGGGACGCGUGUCCUAUGAAUCUGGGACCAGUUUCUCAUUCGUAUUUCGACAAUAUGGGGAAUGAGAUGGUACACCCAGUUUCGAAUCCAUGUUUGAACAACCUCGAGAAUGAAGGAGUGAACCCAGCUUCACACUUGUACUUAAACAACCUUGGGACAGAAAUGAUGCACCCGAAUUCACAUUUAUUUUGUAACAAUCUUGACAUGGCUAACCAGUUGGAUUUUCAGCUGCAACACGAUCCCAAUGAUGCAAGUCAGAUCAGCAAUCAGAUGUGGAAUCACAAUAUUGUUACUCCAACAGAAUCCAAUCAGGAGGCCAUUCCUCCACCUACCUCAGGUGUAAUGUAUGAUGUUAGUUCUGCAAAUUUUCCCGCUGGAGUAAAUCAAAAUCAAAACCAAAAUCAAAUUGUCAAAGAGGAUGAAGGUGGAAGCACGUGGUUAGCUUCUUUAUGGGCCUACGUGGAGUCUAUACCAGCCACUCCUGCAUCAGCUUCAGAGAAUACUGCCCUGGUGAAUAGGGCUUUUGAACGAAUGUCUAGCUUCGGUAGGAUUGGUGGCAAAGUAAAAGUAAAUGCUGGAGACACAAGUUUGGCCUCAGGUAACCCCACUGCAACACUGAGAAGGUCCAGCAGUAGUUGGUAUAACAGACGAUAUUACAUUUUUGCUGUUAUUGGAGUUUUGUGUGCUAUCUUGUGGGUGUGGACAGGAACAUCUGUGGGAGUAUUGGGUAGACACAUAUCUUUAUGAAUUUGUGUUAAUGAAUUUGUGUGUACAUGGGAAGUUGGAAUUUUUGCUGUUUUGUUUCCAGUACUUCACUGGAAUCAAAAGAAAACUCAAUGCAAAAUUAAUAUCAAUUAUUGAAGGUAUAUAACCUUACAAUCUAGUGAUUAUUAAGAAGAAUAAUGCUAUAUGUA